CUUCAUUACAGCAGUCAGAAGACCCAGGUAAUUUACUCCACUCUGAUCCGGGAUUCAUCAUAAAUUUCCGUAACUUAUCGAUCAUAUCAAUAGGAAAGGUACUAUUUUACUAUCAUCAGGAAUGGCCUCUGCGACAUUGUGGUCUGAGGAGGACUUCUCCUGUUCCAUCUGUCUGGAUGUGUUCAACAGCCCAGUUACCACACCAUGUGGACACAACUUCUGCAGAGCCUGUAUUACAGUGUUCUGGGAUGACAUAGUCCAGUUCAAAUGUCCUGUCUGCAACGAGCUGUUCCACACAAGACCUGUUUUACGGGUUAAUACCCUCAUAUCAGGGAUGGUUGAUCAGUUUUGAAGUUCUGUACGAGUCAAAGAGCAGCCUUGCGUUGAACCCGGAGAAGUUCCUUGUGACGUCUGUACUGGGACCCAGCUGAAGGCAGUGAAGUCCUGCCUGGUGUGUCUUAUCUCUUACUGCCAAACCCACCUGGAGCCACAUCAGAGAGUCGCAGGCCUGAAGAAACAUCGGCUGGUCGAGCCUUUAGACCGUCUGGAAGACAGGAUGUGUAAGAAACACAAUCAACUUCUGGAGCUCUUCUGCCAGACUGACCAGGUGUAUGUUUGUCAGUUCUGCACAGUGACAGACCACAAGUCACAUCCUGUUGUACCUCUGAAGGAGGAAUAUGAAGUGAAGACGGCCCAGCCGGGGAAGAUAGAGGCUGAAGUUCAGCAGAUGAUCAAGGAGAGACAACGAAAGAUUAAAGACAUCAUAGACACGGUGGACCACAGCAAAGCAGACGCAGACAGAGAGAUAGCCGAUGGUGUUCAGGUCCUCACUGCUCUGAGUUGCUCUGUUGAAAAGUGUCUGGAUGAUCACAACAAAACGGUUCAAGAGAAACUGAAAUCCACAGAGAAAGAAGCUGAAGGCCUCAUCAAAGAGCUGGAGCAGGAAAUAAAAGAUCUGACCAAUAGAAGCUCAGAGGUGAAGCAGUUCACCCAAACUGAAGACCACCUCCACCUCCUCCAGACCUUCAGAUCCCUGAAGGAUCCUCCACCCACCAGGGACUGGACGACGAUGGAGGUGCGUCCUCCAUCAUACGUUGGGACCUUGAGGAGAGCCCUGGAUCAGCUGGAGGAGACACUGAACAUGGAGGUGAAGAAGGUGCCUGACCUGAGAUCAGUUCCACACAAGUAUAUGAGUGCCACCGUGUAAAAUAAGUUUGAGAAGAUAACCUUACAUUAAAAAAUGUAAUGCAAAAACACAUAGCAUGCUUGCACACUCACAUCCAUAUGGCCCGUCGGCCUCCUCGGGAACGGGACUCGGCUGCAGCGGUCCGUCCUGGGAGCGUAUCUCGGUCCGGUCCUCGGUCCGGUCCUCGGUCCGGUCCUCGGUCCUACACUGGACCCACACGUGUCUCAUCAGCCCGUCUCCGCCUCCCUUUAUAUACCGCUCACCUGCGUCUGAUCGGCCUCCCUCGCGGGUGUUUCUUCUGAGCCAAUGCGCCAAUGCGGUCCCCGGCGCCCUCUGGGGGAGAAGGGUGGUAGACCCCCUCACCACCGGUCCCCUGGGCUUCCAGGGCCGCUGUGUCGGGCCGGGUUACCACAAUGUGUUCAUAAAGUUAUGUUGUUAAUACAUUCAUAAUAUUGUUGAUAAUACAUUCAUAAUAUUGUUGUUGAUGAUUUCAUAACAUUAUUAUUGAGAUGUGUACAUAUGUAUGUGUACAUAUCAGAGAUGGAAAUUAACUUUUUUGCCCACCAGCCACUCAUCUUUUUUACCAGCCACUUUUUAUGCGCUAUAUUUUUUUUAAAUAAAUGCGUACAUUUUAAACAAUAUAUGAUAGUAACAAUGAUAGUCACAAUAGAUAAGAAAAGUGUUUUUCAUACACAUUUUUUCCAUCAGAAUUGAUUCUUACUGUAAGUAGGUGCUACCAAGGAACUGAGUUGAAAAUGUUACACUCUUACCGCAUAUGAUAAACAAUACACAGGUAUCUGCCAUGUUAAUGUCAAAGGUGUUACGAUGACAAGUUUGGGGAUAAUGCAUCUAUACAAAGUAUUUUCAAUAAAAAACAAAUUGACAUAUUAACAAUAAAACAACAUGCAUGGCUACACCAUCAUAAGUCAAUCUAAUUAGUGCCUGAAUACAAAUGUGUCCACAGACAUGGUAACUAACGUAUGAUAGUAAGCAUUAUUGGCCCUUAACACUAAUAUUCAGAAAAAACAUUGCCUCAAAAAGGCUAUUGGCUUAUGCAAUACAAGUAGAGGCAUAUACUUGAACUUUAUACCCUGAACUUUUAAACGUUGCAAACGUGCAAAAACAUAAUUAUAUAUUUAUGUGGCAUUCAGUCCAAUGCUGGAAAUAUAUCUGUGGCAUUCAGUAGGCCAAUGCUGUGAUAAAAUAUGUAAAGUAUGACCAAGUGUUUCUUUCUGUUCAAUAGAUAGAACGUUAUCAAUCCCCUGUGGGAGAAAUUUGUUAAUAAAUUGCUGAGUUCUUCAGGAAGUAGUCGAAUCUAAAGGAAUAGCUUUAAAGAGACUUUAUUUGUAUAAAGUAUUUUCGGUAUGGUAAACUGAUGCUCUGAAGUAAAGAGGGAUUGAAGAUGUGUUCUAAGCACGUGCAAGAGUGUUCUCCUAGCUGAUCCAAGACAUAAACCCACGUAUAUCCUAUCGCUGCAUGAAGAGUUCUACCGUUUUCAUGGCCAGGGGGCUUUCUUUAUGGACUCAGAGGACCGGAAGACUUGGAGAAAACCGGUGGGACGUAAUCCUCGGUUUUCCUCGCUUGGUCUGUGGUGCCGUCCCUUGUGGAUAAAGUAUCUAUUGCAGCCUUCAGUAAGGCUCCCCUAGUGGCUAUGUAUGGUAUUUACGGCUAAUAUGUUUGGUCCUGCUUCAUAGGGUCUAUGGGCCCUAUCUUGCAUCCGGCGCAAGUGACUUAGUCACUGGCGCAUGUGUCGUUGCUAGUUUACAACUGGCGCAGAGCGUUCUUUUCCCACCAGCGCCACUCGCCGGUAAAUUAGGGAUUGAUCAUGCGCCCCAAGGGGCGGUUCGGCGGAAGGAGGAGGCGUGUUCUGGCGCAAACGCUAUUUUGCCGUUGCUGAAUACCAUUGCGCUACUGACAUCGAAAUACCUGGUUUAAAGUCAGUGGCGCGUUGUUCAGAUGCUAUUUUAAGGGCGGAUGCAUACAUGCGCAUGCGAUGCAUACGGAUUGCUUGUGCACCUCGCGCAUACACUUUGCUUCUCUCAUCUACCUAGCCGCACAUUCUUGGUAAAUUAUUUGGGAAAGAACAGCUGAUGCAGCGGUAAUAAGUUGUACUUUUAAAUCAAUGCAUCUGCAAACACCGUACAGCAAAAACAUAUUUUCUUGACACAGACAUCGUGUAGGUAGGCCUACAUGCCCAUAACUUUUAGGAUUGAUGAGUAUUUGAUCGUGAAAAACAUUGUUUUACCGCGAGUGAGUGUUAAAAAGAAUGAAUGAAUGCGGGCGCGCGUGUGUGCUCUGUUUAAACACACACAAACUAAACACGUAACGCAUAAUACAAUCAAUGGCAAUGUCUAUUACCGCGGGGACACAUGCAUAUUAGGAUAGCAUACAAUACUGAUAAGAAACAAUGUUUAUAAUGUAUUGCGUAUAUCAUUAAAUAGAACCACAGUUACCGCAUAUCAUAUGUUAUAUCAUAUACGUUUUCUUUGGCGAAAUUUAUUUGAAGACUCAGUAUUUCUGAAGUUGUGGAAGAAAACCCCUUAUUCCAUGUGUGAAUUAGGCCAUAUUAUUUGGCAAUAAACUGAGCCAUUUGCAGUUUGAAAUUCAUGUGCAUCUGUCUCAUCGGAGACUGCAGACGCGUUGUCAAAAUAUCAACUCGUCGAUUCAAAUGCGCUCAUGGCUCUUAAAGGGGAUGGGAGCUGGCACUCUCAUUGGUUUGUUGGACGUUACGCCCAAACCACACCUACGGGUAAUUAGGCUGCUUCAGACCAACCCUUUUGACACUUGCGCCGCGACGCAAGUGUCAUUUAUCCGCCUGUAAAAUAGCGAUAGCGCCGUAGAACCGCCCACAAAGCUACUUGCGCUUUGCGCUUCCCACUUGCGUUUCAGACCGUUAAAAUAGGGCCCUAUGUGUGGGUAGCUUAGAUUCUUUAAAAUACGUAACAGUUUGUCCCUAUAAAACAAUAAUGGUAAAAAAAUAAAUACACAACGGUAACUGCGUAAGUCAAACCGUCCAAUCUGAAGGCUCUACUUAACCACGCCCCCUACUCACUUCCACCAAUGCAAAGCGAACAGAACUGAGUAGGGGAGGGAGAAGCAUAACUAGUUUGCGAACGACCCAAAGAAACGCAACGCAAAUUCAAUGAGAACAUGUAUGAGGCUUUAAUAAAAUCCCGGACGAUUUUUAAAUUCCGCCACACAUUUUUUAAAAGUGUCUCAAAAAGAGGGCAUGUCCGGGCAAAAGACGACGUCUGGUUACCCUAUGUACGGGAAACCCAUUUGAUUCCUACCUGUAACACUGUUUAAUAGUGUCAAACGCCGAAUGCGUGAGACUUGAGAGCCCUGUUACUGGUAUAUUAUCCCGGAUGCCGGACAGUUGCAGUUCAGCAAAAGAGGCGUAGAAGAAGAAGGGAUGACAGUAAUGGUUGUGGAACUGCACAGCGCCGUAUAACGAAUGUAUUAAAUAUGCUAAUUUGAUCGGACCUUACUGGAAAGUAUUACCCGACACAGUGGCGGGUGAAGUGACACAAUUCACCCGUCCCCAUACAAAUCCACCCGCAAAUGGCGGGUGGCGGGUGUUAAUUUCCAUCCCUGGUACAUAUGUAUAUGUAUGUAUGUGUUCAUAUCUAUGUAUAUGCACAUAGAUAGAGCACAGGAGAACAGUACUAGUGAUGAUGAUGAUGAUGAUGAUGAAGAGCGGUUCAGCAGCUCAUCAUGU